UUUCUGCCAUUCGACGGGUGAAUCUGACCAAACAAUUCCUCAAUCCCUCAAGAACAUACGCAACGACCGCAAAGAUGACCGAUACCUCCAAGUACAAGUUCAACCAUACCAUGCUGCGGGUGAAAGACCCCAAAGCCAGCAUCAAGUUCUACGAACACCUCGGCAUGUCCCAGGUCAACAAGUUCGAGUUCCCAGACAACAAGUUCGACCUGUACUUCCUCGCCUACAACUCCUCCAAAUCCGUCUCCAAAGACAACCACUGGACCGAUCGCGAGGGUAUCAUCGAACUGACCCACAACUACGGCACCGAGAACGACUCCAACUUCAAGGUCGCCAAUGGAAACAAGGAGCCCGGCAAGGGCUUCGGACAUGUCUGUGUCAGUGUCGACAACAUUCAAGCUGCCUGCCAGCGUCUGGAGGAUGCUGGGUACAAGUUCCAGAAGAAGCUGAAGGAUGGUCGCAUGCACUCUAUUGCUUUCGUCCUCGAUCCAGAUGAGUAUUGGGUCGAGAUCAUCGCCCAAAAUCCCGUCGACAAGACCGAAGACGUCAAGGAAACCGACACAUCCACCUACCGCAUGAACCACACCAUGAUCCGCGUCAAGGACAAGGAGGCCUCCCUCAAGUUUUACCAAGAAACAAUGGGCAUGACCUUUAUCCGCAAAUCGGAGAAUGAGUCCGCCGGUUUCAACCUCUACUUCCUCGCCUACGGUCCCGCUCCGUCCUCCGACAAAUCUGCCAACGGCACCAAUCCCGUCGCUGAUCGCGAGGGUCUGCUCGAAUUGACCUGGAACUACGGCACUGAGAAGGAGGAGGGCAAGGUCUACCACGACGGCAACUCGGAGCCACAGGGUUUCGGACACAUUUGCGUGUCGGUGGACGAUCUGGACAAGGCGUGUGCGCGGUUCGAGGAGAAGGGUGUCGAGUGGAAGAAGAGGUUGACGGAUGGCAGGAUGAAGAAUGUGGCGUUUGUGUUGGAUCCGGAUGGGUACUGGAUCGAGGUCAUUCAGAAUGAAAAGUACAAGGAGGCGCCGGGAAAGUAUUAAAUUUGAUGUGUGAUGAUGGGGAUGGAUGAGAUGUAGCUAUUGUCGCCCUUGUCUUCCUUUCGCAGUCCAGAAAGCAUGAAGACAUGCAAUUGCAUCGAUCCACCG